CCAACAGCCAUCACCACGGCAAGGCCGGCAGGCCCCGCAAUGCUGUCUCUCCUGCUGAUCCUCUCAGGCCUGGGCCGGCUGACCUCCGUGGGCCCUCAUCCUGAAACAUCACUUCUACAAAUUACAGUGCCACGGAAGAUUGAGUCAAACAGCAGUGAUGGUGAAGUUUCAGAAACGCAUGUCACUUAUGCCAUCAAACUUGACCAGAAAAUGUACACUCUCCAUCUUGAGAAACAGUCAUUUUUAGACCCUCAUUUCCUGGUGUAUGCAUACAACAAAUCAGGAACAUUGCAUCCAGAUUCUUCAUUUAUAAAGCCUGAAUUUGAAUGCCUUCAGAAUCGAACAGUUCCAGAAGUGGUUUACCAAGGAAGAAGUGCAGCUUGUGGCAAUGGAAUUUUGGAACCGCCAGAACAAUGUGAUUGUGGCCUUGCAGAGGAAUGCACUCAUAAAAAAUGUUGUAAUCCUGUAGAUUGUACUCUGAUUGGAUAUGCAGAGUGUGGCAAUGGACCAUGCUGUGAUAGAAAAACUUGUCUGAUAGCAGAAAGAGGACGUUUAUGUAGGAAAAUGACAGAUCCAUGUGAUUUUCCAGAAUAUUGCAAUGGAUCAUCUACAGCUUGUGUACCUGAUGUGAAAUCUGCUGAUUUAGAACCAUGCAAUAAUAAGACUGCCUAUUGCUUUGAAGGAGUGUGCCAAGAUCCAGAUGCACAGUGUGCAAAAUUAUUUGGAAAAUUUGCUAAAGUUUCUACUUAUCUAUGUACACAAGAAGUGAAUUUUCAAGCAGAUUCUUUUGGAAACUGUGGAAAACUGGGAUGUAAUUUUGGGAGUAUCCUCUGUGGAAAGAUAGUUUGUCACUGGACACAUUCAAAAAUAGUAUCAGUAGUAGAUUAUGAUGUUCAGUAUACUUACCUUGGAGGCCAUAUCUGUUUGUCAGGGUAUUUAAGACCUGAAACAAAAGGUUUACUUGAGGAUGCUACCAGAAUGAACAAUGGCACUAUGUGUGGAGUAAAUAAGUAUUGUUAUCGUGGAGUCUGCCAAGAAGCCAGUAGCUACCCCAAUAGACCCAAUUGUCAAUCAGAAAGAAAUUGUAGUGGACAUGGGGUUUGCAAUAAUUUGCUUAAUUGUCACUGUGAUGUUGGAUAUUCUCCUCCAAUUUGUGAACCAGCACCAUUAUCACCAGGAGGAAGUUAUGAUGAUGGGUUUUGGUAUCCAGAGUCUAAAGGUGAAAGCUUACUUAGAAAACGAUAUGCUGCUCCUCAAAAAAAUGGCCUCUUGAUCACUUUCUACAUUUUUCUACCCAUCCUUAUUUUAACUGCCAUCGUUGCUCUUAAAUGGGAUAAAAUACGAUUUUGGAACAGAGAGGGAACAAUAAAUGGAGAAUUUGUAUCAGAAGAUAGCAGUAGUAACAGCAACCAGUCAUCAAGUUAAAGGGACUAAAUGAUGUCAAAAAGCCAUAGGUUGGAGAAAGACUAUUACCAAGAC